UGAGAAUGGGUAUCCUCCAUAUCUAUACCAUUCCGUACACAAGUAAAUAAAUAUUGGCAUAUUGCAUGUGUCAACUCAAUGAUUUCCUCCCCAAACCGCUGUUCCUUUAACCCUCCCUUCUUCCUUAGUUUCCUUAAUAUUAUUCUUCCUUUCGGUCAUUACCAUCAUUUUUUUUAAAGUUGGUCUUCGCCAUGUCCACACACAGAGGCAAAGACUUGGUAGAGCUGAGGUCUCCGAGCGGCGUCGGGGAAAACGGGCCGCCGACUCCCAGCCGUUAUGAGUCACAGAAACGCCGAGACUGGAACACCUUCGGGCAGUACCUGAGGAACCAACGGCCGCCGGUGGCGCUGUCCCAGUGCAACAGCAACCACGUCCUCGACUUCCUCCGGUACCUCGACCAGUUCGGGAAGACUAAGGUACACUUACAAGGUUGCAUCUUCUACGGGCAGCCGGAGCCGCCGGCUCCUUGCUCCUGCCCUCUCAAGCAGGCUUGGGGUAGCCUUGACGCCCUCAUCGGACGGCUCCGAGCCGCCUAUGAAGAGAACGGCGGCUCCCCGGAGACGAACCCUUUCGCCAGCGUCGCCAUCCGCUCGUACCUCAAGGAAGUUAAAGAAUGCCAGUCAAAGGCGCGUGGCGUUCCGUACAAGAAGAAGAAGAAGAAGGCCACUGCAAGCUCCGGCGUGGCGGCGACGACCACCGCUGACUAUGACUCAUCUUCUUCCGCGCCAUUUUCUUGAUAUAAAAGACGAUGAAAGAGAAACGUUUUUCACACCCUCGCAGGAAUUCAAGGUAUUGUCGGUGCGUAAUUUAAAUUGAUUUCUAACAGUAUAUAUAAUCUCCCAAUUCAAGGUAUAUAUAAACUAUUGUCGGUAGUUUAGUGUACUUUUGGUAUGUACCUUGAUUAGUCUCACACUAUUUUUUUUUGAGAUUGACACAGAUUAUCCAAUAAUUUCAUGCAAAAUAAGUCGUUUCAAAAUGUUUUUGGCACAUAUUUGACAUAUCCCUGGAGGUUUCUCUAUGAAUUUUGG